AUGGCGGCCCAGAACCUUCCAGUUGACUCGGUCCCGGGUACUGUGCACCUCGUGGACUUGGAGCACACUAUGCACACACGCCACGCCGGUGGCACUGGAGAUGUCGUCCUUGUUCCAACCCCCUCGGAUGACCCCGACGACCCCCUUAACUGGUCACCGAGGCGGAAGCUCCUGUCGACGAUCUCUGUGAACGUCUACACUCUGUUUGUGGGCAUCUCGGGCUCUGUGGUGUAUUCAGUCAUUGUGCCUCUGUCCGAAGCUUCCGGAGUGUCCAUCACCACCCUCAACCAAGGCACCGGUUACCUGUUCCUUCUCUGCGGAUGGGGAUUACUGUUUUGGCAACCGUUUGCCCUGCGCUAUGGCAAGAGACUGACAUACCUCAUCUCCAUCAUCGGCUGUAUUGGUUGUACUUUGUGGGGGCCAUACGCUCGAAGCAACGGGGUCUGGAUAGUCAAGAACAUCGUCAACGGGUUCUUUGCUGCUCCCAUCGAAGCCCUGCCUGAGAUCUCCGUCACGGAUGUGUACUUUACCCACGAACGAGGAACGUACAUGGGCGUCUACGCCCUCUUCCUGGCUGGAAGCAACUACUUCGCCCCGGUCAUCUGCGGCUUCAUCGCGGACGGCAUGGACUGGAAAUGGGUCUUCUACUUCCCUGCCAUGUUCCUCGGGUGCGCACUGGUUUUUUGCUUCUUCUUCAUGGAGGAGACCAACUACCGCCGCUCGACUGUCGGCAUCGUCGAGGAGUUGGGGUCAAGUGGCACGCAGACGCCUGUUUCCACCAAAUCCACGGGCGAGAAGACCGUGGCCGAUGGAAAGAACGCUACCGCAACGACCGGCGACGCUGAUGUCGCGAGCGUUGAAAACGGCACAUUCAGCACCGGAAGUAAGAAGACGUUCGUGCAGAAGCUGUCGCUCUGGCAGCCAUCGCCGGGACAAGACAUGCUUGGUCGCGCCAUCCAGUCGUUGAAAUACCUCACUUGGCCCGUCAUCUUUUACUCGGGGUUCAGCUACGGAAGUUACUUGAUCUGGUUCAACGUCCUCAACGCCACAGCCAGCUUGAUCCUCUCUGCACCACCGUACAACUUCCGUGCGUCCAUGGUCGGGCUGAGCUACGUGUCGACAUGCAUCGGCGUCAUCUUUGGCUCGUACGUGACCGGCCGCCUCUCGGACUGGCUCACUCUCAAACUCGCCCGACGGAACAAGGGCAUCAUGGAACCCGAGCAGCGGCUGAGGCCGUUUGCGCUGUGCAUCGUGCUGGUCCCCGCGACGCUCAUCCUGUGGGGCGUGGGCGCCGCGCACCACAUCCACUGGAGCGGACUAAUCAUCGCCAUGGGCGCGUUGGCCGCGUGCAACGUUUUCGGAAUCACCCUGAGCGUCAACUACCUCAUCGACACGUAUCACGAGAUCAGCGGCGACGCGAUGACGACAGUCAUCAUUGUGAGGAACACGAUGAGUUUCGCCAUCGGCUAUGGCAUCACGCCAUGGGUAGUUAACAUGGGAUUGCAGAAUUGUUUCAUCAGUGCCGCAUUCGUGGGGAUGGCGGCGAGCAGCGCCUUCCUUAUCAUGAUUGUCUGGGGAAAGAAGUUCAGAGAGAGGAGCCGUGUGGAGUAUUGGACCUUGGUCGAGGAGUUGAUGAAGAAGGGGACUGCGACGGUGUGA